AUGACACAACCUUCGAAAACAAGAAAGGCCUUGGUUGUCCAAGGACCUGGAACGGCAAAGCCAGUCGCAGUACCACUGCCAGCCCUAGGUUCUACGAAUGUUCUCGUUAAAGCAGCAUGUGUCGGCUUAAAUCCAUCAGACGCCAAAAUGGUCGACGCCGGUAUCCCUCAAGGCUCAAUAGCUGGCCUUGACUUCGCCGGCGUUGUUGUCUCCAAAGGUUCAGACGUAUCAGGUACAAUAAGACCUGGAGAUCGAGUCUGUGGUGUGGCAUUCGGCUACAACAGCAAUACCAACGACGGCACCGGUGCUUUCGCAGAAUACGUUAUAGCGAGUGAACACCUUCUCUUUCGCAUUCCAGACAACAUGUCUUUCGAAGAGGCCGCAACACUUCCCUGUGGGCUCCUAACGGGUGGCAUGGUACUCUACAAGAUGAUGAAGCUCAAAGAUGGGCCUUCCGAUAAGGAAAGAAGCGUCUUGAUAUAUGGAGGCAGCACGGCUUCGGGUUUGUUUAUGAUUCAGCUUGCCAGAAAUUCUGGCUUCAUUCCAAUAACCACUUGCUCACCGCACAAUUUUGAUCUCGUCAAGGCCGCUGGAGCUGAGGUAGCUUUCGACUACAGAUCAUCAACGUGUGCAUCUGAUAUUCGGGAGCUCACCAAAAACAGACUAGCAUAUGCAGCCGACUGCAUUACCACAGCAGACUCGAUGAAGACCUGUUAUGGCUCCCUCGGGGAACAGGGGGGCCGUUACAUUGCCCUGGACAGCUUUCCUAUUGCUAGCCAUUCGCGCCGAGCAGUCCGACCAUCAUGGAUAUUCGCAAUGAGCGCUUUCGGAUCAGCUGUUGACUGGGUAGCCCCGUACAAAUGUGGGCCAACGCCGGCGGACCGGGACUUUGCAGAAGCUUGGAUAAAGGAGGCUGCGCAACUUGUUGAGGACGGGGUAGUUAUGCCGCUUCGAUACCGGGUCAUUGGCGAGACGCUUGACGAUGUUGAAAAGGGACUUGACGAGUUACGGGGUGGUCGGGUUUCGGGGACGAAGCUUGUUUGUUUGGUCAGCAAGGCCAUGGUAGUCGGAUAA